ACAGGGACCGCUACACGCAUUCGUUUCCUCCCUAAUAGCCACCCGCGGCCGUUCCCUCUUAUUUCCCGCCUCCUGCCAUCUUCACCCUUGUCCUCCAACAAUCCUUCCCCACAAUGCCAACAUGCAGACGCAAACGUGUCGUCCUCACAGAACCAUCCGAGGCUCUUCUCCAGGCUGCAAAGUCCAACCCUAACAAGGAGGUCUAUUAUCUACAGCAAACUGGCGAGAUAUUUGAAACUUAUGAGGCCUACGCUGCUAGGAUGUCAUUUUACAGGCUUAAGCAGUUCCAGUGCGAGGUCACAGGAAAGAGCGGCCUUGACUACUUCCAGGCGCUUGAAAGCGAACAACAGGAGGCACAGACUAUGCACUCCAGGUUCCCUGAGCCUCUGAAAGCCGCUGUCCUCAAGGCUGUCCAAUGGCAGGUCGUAGGUCGACUAGACCACCUCGUAGAAGCUGUCUUUGACCGGUUCAAGGACCGCUAUUUUGUGGAUGAGAAGGUGUUCGUUGACGCGCAAGGCGACAAGUUCUACGCGAAAGUUGUGCAAGUGCAUCCCCCGAAGACCAAGAGUGACGAUGUCGAUGUCCCAGCCGAAAAUCAAGCCUCAUCUUCAUCAGUGACAUCUCCACCUCACGUAAUUGUUGAUGAUGACGCAGUUCAAAUCCACAAGGUUGGUGGAGACUUGAAGAUCCCAGCGAAGGAAGCAUUGGUCCGCGAUGACCCCCUUAAGUACUCCUACAAGGUCCAGAUACUUGAAGAGCAACACGAGAAGAGUCACGAGAAAGGAAAGGCAGCAUCGAAAGAUAAAGCCAAGUGGAGCGGUAGCUUCAUGGAUGUGCAGUGCAGUGUCAUGAGCCGCGAUCGUCUUGCAUUCUCGAAGUCUAUUCUUCGUCGCUUUAUCCGUGACUGUGUUGAUCGUGAUGCUGCCGUCGCCUCGCCAUGGACGGUAAAACCGGUCAUCGCGAAGCACUAUGGUGUCGACUCCGUGAUGCCAGAGGAAACACGCAAAGGUGUUGAAGACAUCAAACGCGGUGAGAUUGAUAAGCGUAAAAAGAUAUGGGAGGACAAGGAAGGACCACCAACCAAGAAGCAGAAGAAGAUGACUGCUGCUCAGGAGGAAAGAGUGAAAGCCUUGGCUGUUGCAGCUGAAAAGCGAGAGCGCGAAGCUCGCGAAAAGGCUGAGCGUCAACAGAAGGCAAAAGAAGAGGCUGAGCGUCUGGCUGCAGAGAAGAAGAAAAAGAAACCCAUUCGCUACCCUACUGAAGAUCUGGAUGUUCGGCUUAACGACAAGGAGAAGAAAGCAGGUUUGAAGGUCAAAAAGCCAACGCCAAGUAAAUUGGGAGUUCCGUUUGGCGAGAAUCAGGGUACUUUUGAAGCAUUUUUAACGUCAUGGAAUUUUCUGGUCAUUUAUGGACAACCUCUCCACUUGUCAACAUUUACAAUGGAUGAGUUUGAACAUGCUUUGCGGCAUUCCCUCGUAGACCCGCCUUGUGCACUCCUAGGAGAGAUUCACUCAACGCUCAUUUACAACCUACGCACAGUGCCAUUUACUCGGCAUAGUGCUGUCCUGUCGUUACUGCGUCUCCAAGAUACACUGGAAGAAGAGCACCGAGUGCUCAGUGUCUCAAUCGAUGAGUUAGCUGGUGCCAUGGCUGACGUGGGGAACAACUGGGAACGGAUUCCCUUACGGCACAAUGAGAUGCGAGACGGGUGGGAGGAGGCUCUUCUAGGAUGCCUGAAAGAUCACGCCACACUCGACAACUUUCCUCGCCUACGAGAAGUCUUGACAAGAUUACUCUUUGCCCCGGAACCACAUGCAGAAGUUUCGUCUUCAUCUUCAAGCUCUCGUGUUUCAAGUCCUGCUGCAAACAACCUAACUGUUCAAUCCUCACCCAGCGAGCGUUACUAUGCGCUGCCUCCUGCCGACAGGAUUGAUAUCCUUACCUUGAUGUGCAAUCUCGCUGUAUCAAGCAAGGCAGUUCAUUCCCAUAUGGAGUCAUGCGAAGAGCAGUUAACUGCCCUUCGCAAGGAGAAAAUAGAGAUUGGCCGCCAGAAGAAGCAGUAUACUGAGGAAAUGAAUUCCCUUGCCGGGGAAACGGAGGUGAAGGAGCCCGGAACCAACGGUACCGUUCCAGACGAAGAUACCACGAUGCACGAAUCCAGUGAUCUUUCGGACGUUCCUUCAGAAGAUGGCUCGGAGACCGCAUCUACUUCUAGUGCUCGCCAAAAGAGAUCAGCGCGUCAGAAAGAUCUUCGUCAGAAAGCCCACACUCAGGCACACGCGAAGCAACGAGAGCUCGCUCGUGCUCAAGCAGCCUCUGCGAAACAAGCACUGGCAGAACAUCGCAGACUUGAUGAAGAGGUCAAUAAGCUUGAGCGUCGAUUAGAGGCGAUUGAACGAGAGUUCAGGAAGCUGCUUGGUGCGGUGCGAAUCAAACCAUUGGGAAAGGACCGGUUCCAUAAUCGGAUUUGGUGGUUUGACGGCAUGGGAUCUGCUUCUUUGCUGGGCAGUGGAGGCGUUGUUCAGUACGGAACUGGUCGAAUCUUUAUACAGGGCCCGAGCGAGAUGGAUUUGGAGUUGAUGUUAAAGAAGGAGGAUGAUGACUAUGAAGCUAGGAGGCUUGAAGAAGAAGGGCCAGAGGGAAUGUUGGCACCAUCCGAGUGGGCACAGUAUGCUGAGCCUGAAGAGCUCGACGAGUUCCUUGCUUGGUUAAACCCUAAGGGUGUCCGGGAACUAGCCCUGAAGAAUUCAUUCAUAAAGUGGUGGAGUCAUAUCGCUCCUGGCAUGCGCAAACGCAUCUCUGAUCUCAACAUAAGUGCAAAGCUUCCUGAAGCCAGACGCAGCACCCGAACUAAACCUUCUGGUCACGACAUCUCUCGCGAGCCUUACAUGAUGUGGACAAAUCGAAGAGCUGUUAACUCAGUGUAAUGUACGUAUGUGCCGUUCUGUAAACAUUCCAUUCCUUGCGGCGGUUGUUACUAUGCCCUUCAACCUUUGUCAUCAAAUAAGCACAUACUAACUCGGGAAAUACCUCUCGAUGAAAAUAAUAAAGCGAGUGUAAAAAUAUAUAUUUACCAACUAAAUAUGGAAUAGUAUAUUUCAGAUUGAGAGCAAAUAAAAGUAGCAACUACACUGAUCA